UUGUGGUUGGAUGGAUCUGGUGCCGUGAAGACGCCCCGCGAGGCACCUUAGGAGCCCCGAGGAUCGGAGCCGCGAGACCCAGCUCUGCGGGAUGGCCAGCAGCCUCCCCAUGAGCUCAGAUUUCCAGCAUUACAGCUUCAGGAUGCCGAACAUCGGGUUCCAGAACCUGCCUCUCAACAUCUACAUCGUGGUUUUYGGCACGGCCAUCUUCGUCUUCAUCCUCAGUUUACUCUUCUGUUGCUACUUGAUCAGGCUCAGACAUCAAGCCCACAAGGAGCUCUACGCCUACAAGCAGGUUAUCCUGAAGGAGAAGGUGAAGGAGCUCAACCUGCACGAGAUCUGCGCCGUGUGCUUGGAGGAGUUCAAGCCCAAGGACGAGCUGGGCAUCUGCCCGUGCAAACAUGCCUUCCACCGCAAGUGA